GGGCAGCGCCCCCCAGUUGAGCACCUUAACAUUAAGGUGACAGACAACAAUAACGAAGUCUUUUUCAAGAUCAAGCGGUCUACUCAGCUGAAGAAGCUGAUGGAUGCCUUCUGUGAGCGACAAGGCAAGCAGAUGUCGACUGUUCGCUUCCUCUUUGAUGGUACUCGCGUUCGUCCGGAGGAUACGCCUGACACGCUCGAUAUGGCCGACGGUGAUACCCUCGAAGUCCACCAGGAGCAGAUUGGUGGCUAG